CAUUAGCUUAUACCUAACCAUGCGUGUUAGAAAAAUCUAACGAGAAAAUCACAGCCUCAGAUUUUCUCGAAACCAUAGUGGCGGCUAUUAGAGUCCGCCAUCAUCUACGUACCAUACCCUUAUCUAUCGUUAACCACGGCCAUAAAAAAAGUUUAAAACUCAUCCAGCGGGUCAGAUCUUUACAUGUGGUUUAACUUGGAUAGCAGACAAUUUACAAAACACCAUCAACUAGACUGUAGUGGUGAUACACCCAACUUAAUCUAAUGUUUUAAAAUUCCACCGCUGCGAAGCAUCCCUGGGGGAGAAAAAAAACCCAUGAGAAAACAAUUAGCCAUGUUUUACCGGCUUGCCGUAGUGCUGUGUCUCCUGGUGAACUCAGUCGCCGGAGUUGUUAACUUCACCUAUAAUGGGUUUCGGUCGGUGAAUUUGACCCUCGAUGGUGCAGCUGAGGUCACUUCCAAUGGACUCUUGAAGCUCACCAAUGAUACAGAUCACCAACAGGGUCAUGCUCUCUACUCUUCUCCUGUGAAACUCAAGGACUCCACAAACGGCACUGCUUUCUCCUUCACAACCACCUUCGUCUUCGCCAUACUCUCACAAUACCCCACUAUCGGCAGUGACGGAAUGGCUUUUGUAAUUUCACUAAGCAGAGGCCGCCCGGGUGCUCUGGCCAAUCAAUAUCUCGGCCUGUUCAACGAGAGCAACAAUGGAAAUGAAACCAAUCGUGUUGUUGCGGUGGAACUCGAUACGAUAAAGAAUGUCGAGUUCGAGGACAUAGAUGACAACCAUGUCGGAAUUGAUGUUAAUGGGUUGACGUCCAAUGUGUCCCAUGGAGCUGGCCAAUGCAAGUUUGGGUAGAAUACAAUAGUCUAGAACAG